AUGACAACUACACUGAUAACAGUAAAACAGGAUAAUGAGCCACUUGCCAAGGCGGCAGAAAAUGUUGCCAAUUUGAUUGAAUCGUUUAUCGAAUUGGGAAUUCUUGUUCACGACAAUCAAGGAACACCUCAGUCUAAUCUCGCAUUAUCCAAUAAGAUCCAAACAUUAGCCACUCAGUUAAAAGUAGUGUCACAAAGUAGCGAUCUACAAGACAGAUUGAUUCCAGUAGAUGUUGUUUCAUAUAUUGAGGAUGGGAGAAAUCCUGACAUAUAUACAAGAGAAUUCAUCGAAGUGACAGCCAAACUGAAUGCUAAACUAAAAGGCAAAAUGCAAGGAUUUGGGACAUUGAGAAACAUUUUGAGCGAUAAGUUAGCACAAGAAUAUCCAAGAUUGCAAGCGGGACUUGAAGAUAUAAAAAAUCGGACUAACAGUGACAGUUACUAG